AUGGUCCAGUGUCUAUUCGGAACCAAAUUACUACGAGAUUUGUUUAUCUCUUCUAAGUAUGAAAAAUAUUUAAGUAAACGAAUUGACCGUUCCUCUAAUCUUUCCAGAUCUUUUAGUAUCCUAUUUAAGAAGAUGUACUUGAAUGGUGGUUGCUCAGUUGUUCCAACAAGUUUUUUAAAGACCUGUAAUCAAUUGCGGCCAGAUCUAAGGAUUCCAGAUGAUCAACAAGAUACACAAGAAUUUCUGAUGUUAAUGUUAGAUAGACUUCAUGAUGAGUUAUCUAAUCAAGAGACUGUAGGUAUUGACUACCCUGAUUUAGUUCUUUAUGAUACAAGGAAGUUGAGGGUAAAUAAUAAAGAAUAUAGUAAAUGGUUUGAUAAAACUAUAUUUGCGAAUGGAUUAUCACCAAUUGAUCAUAUUUUUCAAGGUCAGAUUGAAAAUACACUAACCUGUCAACGUUGUGGUUUUGUAUCGUAUAAUUAUUCAACAUUCUAUGUUCUAUCAUUAGCCAUACCAAAACCAUCUUCAGGAACAUUUUCUAGAUCAAAAAGAGUAAAAUUGGAAGAUUGUAUUAAUAUGUUCACCAAUGACGAAGUAUUAAGUGGAGAAAAUGCAUGGGAUUGUUCUAAUUGUGGGUCCAGUUCAGUUCAUAAUGUUGAACAAAGAAAAGAUAAAACUACUGGUAACGGUGAGGAAAAAAAGAGGUCUAGAAAAUCAAGACUGUUUUUAUUACCAAAUAUAAAUGGAAGAUCUAGUAGAUCAAUAUCCCCAUUCAGGAAAUCUGCUAGUCCUAGACCACCUCAUGAGAAGUUAAAACACAAGAAGCUAGUGACAAUAAAAUCAAUGAAUUUUAUUUCACUUCCGCCCACGCUAGUUAUACAUCUGUCAAGAUUUUAUUACGAUUUAAGCAAAAAAAAUGAAACAAUUGUAACAUAUCCACUAAUACUAAACAUUGUUCUUAAUAAUAAUGAAACUGCGAAAUAUCGUUUAUAUGGUAUUGUUAAUCAUACUGGUAAUUUAAUAAGCGGACAUUAUACUACCUUAGUCAACAAAGAAAAAAACCAUGAAUUAAAGAAAGAUAAACAAAAAUGGUACUAUUUUGACGACGAAGUAGUAAAAGAAGAAAAUAAUCAUGGUAAUAUUGAUGAAGGUGUAAUAAAAGUUUCAAGUAGUCAAGUUUACGUCUUAUUUUAUGAAAGGGUCUAUAAUUAA